AUGACGAGCACGAUUUUUGUGAUCGCCUGCUCGUCGAUCGCGCUGGUGCUGGCGAAACCGGCGCCGGAACCGCCGGUGAGCUCGUACUUUCCGCCCUCCGGUGGUGGCGGCGGCGGCGGCGGCGGUGGUGGCGGCGUGUCCAACAGCUACGGGCCGCCCGCCGAUCGCUACGGACCGCCGCAGCAAAAUCCCGUGAUCCACAAACACGUGUACGUGCAUGUGCCGCCUCCGGAAGCGCCUGAGUACAAAGCGCCUAAACAGGUUCCGUUGCCGCAGCCGCCGCAGAAGCACUACAAGAUCGUGUUUAUUAAAGCGCCGACACCGCCGACGCCGACCGCGCCUCAGCUGCCGCCGCUACCGCAACCGGACGAGGAGAAGACGCUCAUCUACGUGCUGGUUAAGAAGCCGGAAGAGGCGCCCGACGUUGUACUACCGACGCAAGCGCCGACGCAGCCAAGCAAGCCGGAAGUCUACUUCAUCCGCUACAAGACUCAGGUAACAGGAUCUCUCAUUUUUCUCUCUCGCUUUUCUUUUUUUUACAAGUAGUUUGACGUAACAUCUUUUAUGCAACAUCGCUCGUCGGAAAUUCCAAAAGCAAGAUGGCGAACUAAAUCUAUCAAAUCGAUUUGAUCUGUAAAAUUGGUUU